CCGCUUAUUGCUUAUUAAUGUAAAUCCGGUGAAUUAUAUAUACUACUAAAUAUUACACAUAUAUAAUCUCUCUUACCGCAUUCAAAUAAUAAGGAAAAAAGUAAAUAUUUACAAUUCGGAACCGGUGGAGAAACCUAGCUGUCGCAGCGAAGCGAGUAAAGAACGGAAAAACGUCGAAAGUUUCUGUGCCGUGUCGUGGAAAACACACCGAGCCGCGUUCUGCCCCGAGGAUAAAGCAAAUCCAGGAAAUCUUCGCUUCGAACCGUCUCUAGGAAGCAAAUUGUAGUGCGACGAUAGCGAAGAAAGAAAAAAAGUUAUCGUGACGAAGCCGAAAAAGUUACUAGUGCGUUGUCUCCAACUAUUCUGCCGGCUAGAGAAUAAAAAAUAUAAACUCGCGAAAACAAGAAAAAAGAAAACGCUACAUCUUAACCGGACAAAAAAAAACUGACUGUCGUGAUUUUUGCGCAAAGUUUGCCCAGAAACAAGAAGCCGCUUAGUCGAUUCGAUUUUAUUUGUUUCCCGCCCCCACGGUUUUCCUAUUAAUCCGUACUUUGGUUCCGCUUCCGUCGUUUGCUGAGACAGCGUGCAGCUUCGCGUCGAUACUGGUGACAUAAACAAUAACGUUAUAUAGCAGAGAAAAACAACUUCAUUACGAGCACCCUAUGGACACCGAUGUCAUUGUGUAGACGAUAUUCGUACGUCUACAUGCCGACAGCUUUCACAACUAGAGCCUGAAAAUAACACUUCAGGAAAUUAACAGCAGACAAACUUCCAUUUGGCGAAAUUCGGUCUCUGUUGGUCGUCAUAGCUUAAUAGAUCCUAAUUAGUACAUGUGGCCAACAGAGUACACUGCUUUUAGUAACAGUUGAAAAAGUGUUGUUAGUGUGUAAGAGUGAUUCGUGAAAAAAAAAUCUCAUGAAAAUUCAUUCAAGUAACAAAAGUUUACUCUACCCUCACCAACGCCAGCGCCGGCUCCAGGAAGACGGCACACCGUAGAAGAAAACCUAUCGGCCCAUCCAAUCUCUUUCGCAGAGGAGAAUCAGUGUGUGAAAAAUUAUUCCAAUCAAUUUUCCAAGAAAAUCGUAAAUAUAUUAAAGAGGCCUUCGCCGACACAGUCAUAGCACAAAAGCCGAAGAAAGUGUGACGGAGCGCAAAGGUGUGUUACGGAGAAAAAAAAGCAAAAAAAAAGAAGUAGAGUGUAUAGUAUAUCACCCAUCUGUAUCGAUAAAUUUGACGGCGAAAAUAUUCGGCAGGGCAGCGCAGUAGUAGAGGUCGUCGAGCAGAAGAAGAAGAAAAGUACAGUCGAAAUACAGUUCGUCAACACGGAUCCAACGGACUCGUCGUCGUGAAACCAUCCGGCAGAAUUCGCAAAAUAAACGGCGUCCCUCCCCAUCACCCAAGUAACGCCCAGCCCGGCUUAGUGCGCGCUGUAGCAGCUUUUCAUCCGUACACGAACCGCCCGGAACCGCCCUGCCAGCGCCGCUUCUUUAGCCACCUAUAGCCUAGCCUAGCCUAGCCAAGCCGCCCGCUCUAGCCGCUUCAGCAGCCCCCUUUGCCAUCGUCGUCACCAAUCCCGACCGCGCGCCGCCACUGUCACCCCCGCGAAGUUAAGUUUGUGCUUGUGCUUUUUGCAUCUUCUACCGCAUCCAGCAGAGAAAAAAAAAGAUCGUGCAGCUCAUUACAUCCUAGCAACGGUUACACAACACACUAUUACGACCGUUACCCCACAGAGCAGAAAGGACGAAAGGAAGCUUGAAACGAGCGAAAGAGAAGAAGAAGAAAAAACACCACACUGACAGACUUUUUGAUUUCCUUCACGACUGUGAAAGCUGAUAAAAGUCUGACGCCUCAAACGCCGCAACCGCUCAGCCACAGGAAAUCCAAGGCGAGAGCUGGAAGCAAGAGUAAUUAGAAGUUACCAAACAGCGCGAACCAGGAAACGGCACAACUCUUCCCAAAGGACAAUCAACGCUAGCGUCCAUCACGCAGUGAAGGAAAAAAAAGAAGCAAGAAAACAGGAAGCAUAUUAUCCUUCGCAAAAAGCUGAGACAGUUAGUCCGUCGUCAGUUAGUCAGUCAGUCGACCAGCCUGCAAACGCCGCCAUUCGGUAUCGCCCGGACACUACUGAUAGACACCAGAGAAACCAAAAAAACGUCCGUUCCUGAGUAACUCACGAAGGAAUUAAUUUUUUAAUCUUAGCGCGAGGGAGCAAGAGAAGCGGAAGUACCUCUCUAGUCUUCGUUUUAAUUGCCAUAGGAAUUAGUUAGCGGAAGCAAACAAAGCGAAAACGGAAAGCUGAAUCAUCUACAUCGACUUAUCUUGUGAUACUAGACGGCGGGAAAAAGCUCUGCCGAACGGUGGUUCACACUGUGUGUACAGUAGAGAAAGAGAUUCCUAGUGCAUUCGUAGAAUAUCGUUGUCUCAACUUCGUAGCGUUCUUAGUGUUUAUCGUUCCGGUAGUGAAUGUGCGUGUAGAUUGUUUACCAAUUUUGCACUCCAUCCCACGCUCCUCAUCGUUUAGUUUCUGGAAUCCAGUAUCCGGUAGUUGGAACAUAAAUUGCAUAAAAAUAAUAGUGUUGUGAUUAUCCUGAGUGAGAAAAAAAAGAAGAGAAAUAGAGAUCGCGUUUAGUUCCUACUCCUCAGAAAGAAAAAAAAGAUUUAAGCAAAAAAAAAAAGAAUAGAGUAACUUAUCAACCCUGUUGUUCAAGGCCUAAACGCACAUACACACACACAGCAUACAACUGUUAAGCUACCAGUGAGUCCCAGCGACAGCUACUUUCACACACCUACCCUCGCGUAUGGCCGCUAUGAUGAACAUGACGAAUCUACUGAAUGGAAAGGACUCCCGCUGGCUGCAGCUCGAAGUGUGCCGCGAGUUCCAGCGCAACAAGUGCUCCCGCCCGGACACCGAGUGCAAGUUUGCCCAUCCGCCGGCCAACGUCGAAGUACAAAACGGACGCGUCACUGCGUGCUACGACAGUAUUAAGGGUCGCUGUAAUCGUGAGAAACCACCGUGUAAAUACUUUCAUCCACCCCAGCAUCUGAAAGACCAACUGCUGAUAAACGGAAGAAACCAUCUCGCCCUGAAGAACGCCAUUAUGCAGCAGAUGGGAAUUUCACCUGGACAACCGGUGCUGCCCGGUCAAGUGCCCGCAGUGGCAACGAAUCCUUACCUGACUGGCAUGCCCGCUAGCACGUACAGUCCGUACUUUCCACCCGGCCAUCUAAUGCCAACGCUGCUGGGGCCCGCGGAUCCGUCCGGCGUGUCCCAGCUGGGGCCCGUCGUGCAGCAGGCCGUAGUCCCGGCACAGCAACAGAAGAUCCCUCGCUCGGACAGGCUCGAGACUGCACCAGUAUCCGCUGCGGCCGCUGUUGCCGCUGCUGCCGCCGCCGCCGCUGCUACCAUGGGCACCCUGCCGCCGCCACCACCGCCAUCCGGGGCUGUCACUUCGACGUCCCUUGCCAUUGGCCAGACUCCCCUGGAGGCUGGUAAAAAGCGUGCAGCCGAUAAUGACAUGAUACAAAUGAUGGACAUGAAAACGAUGGGAUCUUUUUACUAUGAAAACUUUGCUUUCCCGGGAAUGGUGCCGUACAAGCGAACGGCCGCCGACAAAUCUGGAAUCCCGGUCUACCAGCCCGGCGCAACGACCUACCAGCAGCUGAUGCAGCUCCAGCAGCCAUUCGUGCCAGUAUCAUGUGAGUACCCAACACCCAGUCCUUCAGCAACAUCUGCUACUUAUAUUCCACAAACAUCCACAGCAACCCUAAUUGCUAAUAACAGUAGUAGUAAUAGUGCUCAAAGCACCAACUUGACCAGCAGCAGUUACUAUACUAGCAGUGGUAACAGUGUUAAUAAUAAUAAUAACAAUAAUAGCAGCAACAACAACAACAACAGCAAAGUCAAUAACAAAAACACAACUCUUGUCAAAUCACUUUCGUUGCAAUCGGUUGCCUCAGUUGGUACGGGCCUAAAUCACCUGUCCAACGGUCAGGCGAUGCACUCAGAUAGCGAUCUCAGCAUUAAAACCGAAACCCACCUCAGCGAUAAGGAAGAUUCGUCCGCCAGCGAAGCCAACGGCAGCUCGCUACUAACAUCGCCGACCACCUCCUCGACCGCCAGUUCCCUUUCGCAAACGCUUGUAACCACCUCGUCCACCCAGUCGGUUCCAGUUCCCAUCACAAGCACCAUGCUAUCCUACUCCUCUGCUGCGCACAUUAACAGCUACAAUGCCGCCGUCGCCAGUAUGCAAGCUCAAGCACAAGCUCAGGCUCAGGCUCAGGCUCAGGCUCAAGCCGUACAAGUCGCCCAUGCCCAAGCUGCCGCCGUAGCACAGGCCAACCAAGCUGCAGCCGCUUCCGCACAGUACACCGCACACUACACAGAGGCAGCUAAUCUCGCCAAAGAGGUCGCCCAAAAGAACUACGCUAACGCUCUCAAAAUGGCGGCUGUAUCGGGUGCCCUCACCGGUAAACCACUAACUGCCCUCAGCUAUACCGGAGUAGCUCUGAACAAAUCGGCAAUGCUUCAGCCAAGCCAAUCGUAUCUUACUGCUGGUGCCACAGGGGUUGCCACUCCUUCAGCCGCGGCUCCUGCUUAUCCGCCACCUCGCAUUGGCACUCCGGCUGUUGCUAUGGCUGCCGCAACUCCACAGCAAACAUUACUACCGGCCCUAACACGUCCGCCUCCACCCAUUUUAUCACAGGCAGCCUACACACAAAUGCUCCGCCCUCAGGUUCCCGCUAACAUGGUUCCUAAUCCGUACGCAGCUGCCGCCGCCGUCGCUCAGCAGCAACUCAUGAGCCAAAGCCUGAUGUAUCCUGCUUUCCAGGCUGCCGCGGGCUACCAAUUCGGAAGCCCAAUCCACACGGCGAUUCCGACUGCUAACCUUACCGCAAUUCCCGGUGCAAUCCCCCAAGUGCAACAAGUUGCCACCAAUCCAACAACAGGCAGUGCAAUGGUACUAAACCCCUACAAAAAAAUGAAAACAUCGUAAGCUGUCAAACUCUCAGCUAACGAAUUCCCCGUACGCACAUGCACACACACACCUACACACCCAUACAAACUCAUCAAUUGCCAUAUAAAUAAUACAGAAGCGCCCGUCAAAGUCACGCACGAACUCAAAACUCAUCCACAAACACCAAUGCAUUCAUCUCACACUACUCGUUGCCAUGUUUUAGCGAAGAUAAAAAGAAAACUCGCACUCUAAUAGAGCAGAAAAUCGUAUUAAUACAAUAAGAAAAUAAUGAUGAUAGUGCCUGAAUAUAAAAAAAAACACUUGAGAGGAAGUAACGGAAGUAAAAUCACCAUGAAUAUAAAAAUGAAAACAAAUAACAGAGAGUAACACCAUUUUAUCUAGAAAAAAAACAAAACAAAACAAUACCGUUAUUUUACAUACACCCACUCACAAAGUAAGGUUCAAUCAAGCAUACAAAGGUUAGGUUUAGUGAGGAAGAAGCGCACUACGGUUUACGUUGAACAAUCUUGUCCGGUCAAAAAGGUUAAGCUCAUUGUGUCUAGAGAAAGAAGAAUAGCAUUGUUUUUGUUUCGUUUCUUUUUUCGUUCCGUUCCGUUUCUCGUUUGGGUACUGAUAAAAAUUAGUGAAUGUUAAGUGCAAUUAAUUUUCGAAACAAUCGGUUUACCUAUAUAAACCUUAAAAAAAAGAACCGUUGUAGUCGUCUCGAUUUACGUAUUUUUGUUUUCGAUAGAUUUAUGUUACGUUACGGGUAGUUUUGGAGGAAAAAGAAAACCAGCGGAGGUGCCACUACUAUACGCGAUCGCGAUCGUCGGAUUGUCGUAAACAAACGUACUAAUACUAAUAGUCACCGGCCGAAUAAGUUUCAAACUGGAGGUUUUCCUGCGUAAACAAGGAAAAAUCAAAAUGAAAAACAACUGUGAUAGCUUCACACGAGUACAUGCUGCGCUAAAAAAAACUGUAAGCAACAACAACAACCAUAGCAACGCAAGCGCAAGAAGUGAUGGCUUCAAAUCGCACUUAUACAAAGAAAAAAAAACACACGCAUACACGAAACGCAACGCAAUCAGCACACGUUCUGCCAGAGUUGCCGCAGAACUCUAAACUGUCAUCGUAGUUUACGUUUUAGCUGGUUUUGUUUUUGUUUUUUGUUUUUGUCACUCCUCUAUUUAUACGACUUGUACAGCUUCCUGAAUAGCGUCUUGUUUAAUGGCAAAGUGAAUAACAUUUAGUAGAGAACAAUUUAGAAACGUAAGCUUUUAACGUAACAAAUCAGAUUUUGAACACAUUGUAGUCAUUGUAGGUUGAGCCAGCAGCCAGCAGCAGCACUGGGUUCACGCAAAAAGUGAAGUUUUUAAAACAAACCUAGAAGUGCAUUUUGUUUAUUUUGUUUACGAUUUUGUUUGAAGUUCGCUAAGUUCGAUAUAAGCUAGGAUUUUAGGAGAUUAUUUCUAUGGUAGGCAGCCCACCAGGACAGGAUGAGAUGGGCAGAAUUGUAGAUUUAUAGAAUAAUUAUUUGUAAAUAGCUGGAGAAUUGAUCGAUGAAAAUGUCGUUGUGAUAAGAUUGUUUUCUACCUUCGAAUUGAUUUAGUGUUCCUUGAUACUUAUUCACUUACUAUUUUUAUGCAGAAUAUACUUACACGGUUCGUUGCUAUCCAUCAUAGAUUGUAGGAUUAGUGAAUCGGCGUCUCGCCGAGAAAAAUACAUUAUUAUAUGAGUAACAAUAUUCGAAAGGUUGUGUAUCCCCUAUAAACAGUUGACUAAGCACGGAGAAAAAAUGCCUACUCAGACGAAUCCGUAAAGAUAAAUAAAAAUGGCUUUAAAGUCCCAUGGGCAUACCACAUAUGCGACUUUUCCCCAAUCAACUGUUGGUAAAUAAUAAAGAAAAUAAAUAAAUCUGAUAAAAAACCAAUCCAAUGAGAUGCUUAGUGACUAUUAACACUAUUACUACUGCUAUUAAAACUACUAUCAUUACCUACAACGGCUACUACUGCUGCUGCUACAGUAAUUUUAUAAACGAAAAAUAAACUGACGAGUAAAAACCAUAAACCGUGAAUUUAAUUCACCCAGCAAGAAAAAAACGAACAGCUCGAGCAACGCUAUUACUACUACUAUUACUACUACUAUAACUACUACUGCUGCUACUAUUACUGAUGUCAAAAAAGUGUAGAAAAAUAAAGAAACAGUGGGAUAUUGUAAAGUAUCGCCAGAGUUACAUACGGUCGUGUUAGCAAAGAGUGACUCAAGUAGUUACCUACUUCACCAGUAACAAAACAAACACACCCACAUACACAUUUUCAUAUUAUAGUAUAUAUUUGUACAUGUUUGAGAAAAUUUAGUAUAAACCAGAAUUUCUGCACGUACACGUACACACAUACUACGCCUACCACGUUCAGCAUAUACAUACUCCCAGGCAGAAUUGAUUUUACGCGUGUUUUAUCAGAUAAAGUAAAAAAUAUCGUAGUUUAAACCCACUAGUGUCCUAUUGCUAAACAAACAAAAAACUUUGUAGAAUUGUACUCACCUAGAAAAGAAAAAGAAAAAAACUAAAACAAUCAUUGAACGAAAACUAUUUGCAUUGAUAAUAAACCAACAAAACAAAACAAAGUAUGAUAACAGUAGUUUUACUCCUCCCCAAAAUUGUAAAUCGUUGCUCUAUUAUGGGUAAAAACCAAAACUGCAUGAGUAAACACGUGAAGGUGUAUUCGGAAAAUGGAAAAGGGUUGAAAAUGCUGCAUAGAUCAAUGGUCGCCAGCCAAUCGGUUCGGCCAAAGAGCAUAGUUUAGUAGUACAGACUAGAGAAAUAAAUGUUUAAAACCAAGAAACCAACAUCUGCAAAGUAAAAAAAUGCUCAGCGUUAGGAUGCUACCACUAAUUCACUGUACUCCUCUUUUGCGCUGCAUUUGAAACAAAUGUGUAACAGUAAAAAUACUACGAAACUAUAUCGUGUUCACAAUUUCAACUUUUCCUUCUGUUCUGUUUAAUUAUGCUGUUUUUAUCUGACCCAUUGAACCGAAGAAUGCUACAGUGAUUUUUGACCAGUGUUUUUGUUUUGUUUUCGCCUAUGUGUCACUUUCAAAUCUUACGGUUGCGGAAAGUUUAUUUGCCUCAUAUGUAAAACGUCGCGAAAAUAUUACAAUUAAAAGUAAAACCUGCUUAACUUGAGCGUAUUUUUACUGUGUAUCACUUAGUUGUGUAGUGUAAGUUUUUUUUCUGUUAUGCCUUAAACGUUCGCCUAGUAUUGAAUUUCUAAAGUAGCCUAAAACGCCUAAAAAAGCUUGUUCUCGCCCUCUCACGAUGCGAAUUCCUCUUGCACCAUAUCCCCCUUUGCCAACACCACCACCACCACCAAAAUCACCACUACUAGCACUAAACGAAUCUGAAUAGUUUCAUUUUGCAAAAUUGCUCGAAAAUUCUAUCAAUUGCUUAAACUCCCUUCCCCGCACCCAACACCAAACCGUCACGCGCCGCUUUUUAACAUUUGUUCUAGAAUUUUGUCAGUAUCGAAGUACUACAAUCAAUCGAGGUGUUUGUUUUUAACGUUAUAGGACAGAAAAAGCUGCCACCACCCUUACCACGCUUAAUCAAACAACCAAUCACUAAUACUAUUCUCUCGCCCCUCGCCUCACCACAGUAACCUGGUUCUAGAAAUAAGUUAUAUUUAAAUAUUAUCGCAUAUUUAUUAGACAGUUUUCGGUAGAACCGCUUUGAACCGAAUUUGAACGCAACUGUUGGCUACCCUUUUUUUCUAUCGUACCUUUGGAAUAUUUCGUUACACAUUUCGCAAACAAAAAAGUCGAAUGAGCUUUAUACAAAAACACACCCAACUUCUAAACAAAAAUAUGGUUGAUGGUUAGCAAUAAAAGUUAAACAAAACUGCUUUGUUUGUUAAGUAUAUGGGAUUUGAGCUAGAGAAUUGCUGUUUAUGUAUAGAUUUGUUAUCGCUUUCUAUCUAUAUAAAUAUCAUACAUAUGUUCAAUACCAUGUAUAGAUCUCGCAAAAAAAAUUGUUGCAAAAAAGUCAAGACUCCAUCAUAACUGCUGUAUUUGUUUAUUGACAGUCUGAUUACUUUCGAUUUAAUUACAUCUAUGCUACCCCCCUAACCACUAUUGCCCGCAGCACAAUACACAAUUUGUUACUGACACUAACAUACAUAUACACUCACAUCAGCUCUAGAUUGAAUCAACAAAAGGGACAUAAACUCUCACGCCCUUUUGUUGGUUGAAUGUAGAAAAAACAAACGUUCCCCGAAGCCGCGUGCAUUUUGACCUUUUUUAGUGCAUAUAUUCUAUAGAUGUAAACAAACCUACUCACCAAGAUUAGCCGACGCGGAAUUACAGUAAGAUGGCCACCACUUUCGACCGUGACCUGUUUGUUACCAUAAAAGAAAAACGAUCCAGUUUUCCACGAAUGCCAGCAUGCCGGCGACUACUGAUAUUCCAAAACAAAGUGAUUAUUACAAAUUUAUUGGGUUUUUAUUGGAAAAAAUAUAAAUUAGUUAUCUCGGCUCUCAGUCGCUCUUUCCCAGAGAUUACAUUAGUAUUACUACUGCAUAACCAAAUCGAAAGUUCAUCAACUUUAAUGGUGGAAUUUAGUGUACUGCACCUGCGUGAAAUGUCAAAAUCGACUGACAGCAUGCUGGCACUGUCUAUCAUGCUCAUUCGUGGAAAGCUAGGUUGAUCUCUAAGUAGACCUUUUCAAUCAGAUCAUUUCCAAUUAAAAUUGCUAUCCUGAAUCUAGAGUGAAAUGUUUAGAUCAUGUUUCCAACUAUGGAAGUUAUUAUGACGAUUGUGACUGAACGUCUACUGGUCGGAUCGUAUUUCAGAAUACCAUUGUCAAAGUUCAUUUAAUAGGUUUUUAAUAGAGGUUUUCCGUCAAAUUUUAUCUUCAUUCAAUGUUCGGUUUUGACUCUUAGAAAUGAUACCCAUAUAAAACUUUCUUUAAUAAAGCCUCUAACUACUGUAAAAAUGAAAAACUAGAAUAUGUAUAUUUCAACCCAUCACUUCUCGGAUGUAUUACAUGCCUUUUUGUACCAGUGUCCUCUAUUUUCACCACUUCGAAACCAUUUGUGCCACUCUUUACUCUUGUGGCAAGCAACACACGAAACGAAAAAGAAGGUAAUCAUUAGUUUUUCAUCCGUUUUGUCCUUUUCACUCAACCCCUGAUACACAUAUGCCAAAAUCUGUUGUGCAAUGCUGCCAGAAAAUCUGAAAAUUUUGAUAAACAGUGCAGUCGAAACGAAUUGUUUAAAACUCAACUUUCGUGAUAUGGUGAAAAGAAACUCAACAUUCUUGUAAUUUGCAUUGUUUAAAAAAUCGUAGUAAAUUCUAGAGUCAACGAAAAAAAUAUAUUUUUGCAUCAUUGUCACUCGUAUUGGGAGUACUUUCGAGAAAAAUAAGAAAAGGAGGAGUAUGAUCUGACGGAAAACCUCUAUUGUAUGUGCCAGUUUCUUCGAACCAGAUUAAAAAUGUUCUUGCUGAUGUUGAUGAUAGUUUUUUAUAUUACAGUGAUAUUUUUUUUUAAUUUCAAAAUGAGAGACAACGUAUGUCACAACAAAUCAAGCUUGUUACAACAGUGUCAUUUAGAAAAGACGACGUCAAUGGUUUUUCCUGUUUGAUUAGAAAGCCGAAAAAUUCAGUAAAAAUCUAUUCAUAACAUGCGCUAUUGAAAACAAAUAAUUGUAUACGUCUUAUUCAUUACUUAGGUACGCCAAACAGUAAUUUGCGAUUAUGUAAGUAUAACGUGCGGAAUCUAAGUCUUAAACAAACGUCAAACUUUUCAAUAAAUGUAAAAACCAUAUAUCAUAAUCCACGUCAACAGUAAUCCUUCCAUUAGGAUUGCUAAGUCCUAAAAAUUGAUCGUUUUCCCCCGCUCCGUAGGUUCUUUACCGGAACGAAAACAAUAACAAACGUACAAAAUCUACCAACAGCAUCAACAAAUCGCGCGUCAAUGUCUACGUAAGGUAAAUGUCAGCAAACUCAAUAAUCCGGUUAUGACAUCUAGUGUAAAUCUUUAAUUUUGUAUGUUCAUAUCAGAGUAAUGUCACAUUGGACAUAGAGCAAUAGCAUAUUUUUGAUAGUUAAUUUAACAAACAAAGUAGUUGUUUCGUCUAAUUGAAAACGCUAACCAGAAGAAGCUCGUUCGAAGAACGUCAAAAACCAACCAACUUAUUUCGGAACCAAAGUUACCGUUUUCCGUUCGUUCCAACAUUCCUUCCACACAGCUAAUUUCCCCCCGCCCACACCACCUCUCUACCAACCGUGAAUAGCACAGAAAAGUUUUCAGUUUUUAGAGAGAAAAAAAUAACAUAGAAAGCAAGGAAAACUACAGACAACUUGAUCUGAUCCGAUCGUCGCGAAGACCGAAAUGUUUAUGUCGAUAAAAUUGUGUUUUUAAUAAGUGCCUAAUAACCAGAACAAGAAAAAAAACAACAGACAACAACAUUUCAACACACAUUCGAAAGGGUGAAACGAAGCUUUUUUUAAAAAAAGCAACACACUCACACCGACACACGCGUGCAAGUAGAAUUGCGUUCCGUGUCGCUAUACUUAGUGCAGCCUCGGAACUCAAUUCUACGAGCGGGAAUUUCACCAAACACACAGGAAAAAAACUAUCUAAGUUUUACUUAACGUUCGGGGCGGACCGUUUACAGUGCUAGGAUCUCCGAUAAAAAAAAGAAAAUACGUUUCCUAUAUAGGUUAACCGUGCAGUAUUGUGGUGUUCUCGAAAAAUAAAAACAGACAGACCGAAGGUAACUCACAACUCACUUUUAGAACUUAAACAUAAAUCGUAGGAUUCUGAAUCCAGUUGUGAGAAAGUAAACAACAAUCUUGAGAAGUCAGAUGCGUAUGAUUUGUAAUGAUUAGGAAUUGUUUUUGUUUUUCUCUCGGAUAAAGUGCGAACAAUAAGGAUUGUGAAACUAUUUUACGUGAUAACGGGAUAUGAGGAGGAAGGAAAUAAAUCUAGCGAAGUAAAAAUCAUACUGGAUAAUGUAGGCAGUAUUUGUAAGUUGAAAACUAAUACUAGACAACAAACAAAAUUUGUAUUCGAGAUAAGCAAACUAUUGAAAAUUGUAAAA